GUGCGGGACCGACUGAUAAGGUUUUUGACACGACAAGGUUGAAAGGAAAAGCGGCGCACCAGCACCAUUACCUCUCAUUAUCACUGUAUAAAAGCACUCCGACCUGGCGGUGACCUGACACUCUCAACGGGAACUUCUAGAAGGUGAAAAUGUUAUUUCCGAAAUUAUUGACCAUAUUUUUGGUCACUUUGGUCGUUGCGGCCGAAGAGGAAGACGAAAUGGACUUUGAUAUAUCUCAAAUGACUACGGACGCGUACUCCACUUCGUUCGGAUCUAAAUGCCUGAUAGCCUCGGAGGAUGAAGAUUUCCUCAUUCAAGACAAAGAAAACAAGCUCACCACGUCUGACAACUUGGAGGAUGAGCCAAAAAGCACUUGGGCUAUUCGGCAGUGGAACUUCGACGACGGCGAAUUUUACGAGAUAAAAAAUUUAGUGAGUGAAGAGUUUAUCAGCGUGAUUAACAAAGGAACUGUUGAUCACGAUGAUUACGAAGUCACCACCACACACUUCCAGUUUUUGAACAAAAACCCUCCGAAUCUAUGGAAUCUGGUCAAAGUUGAUGAUGGCUAUGAAAUCGUUCACAAAGAUACUGGACUGCACUUAAACCUUGAUUUUGAUAAAGGCAGCGUCGUGCUUGAGGGCAAAGCCAACGAUACUCACACUCAUUGGAAUGUAACUUGCAAUUAAAUCGAUGAUGUAAAUUUUAAACAAAAGUAAAAAAAAAUUGUGAUAAAUAAAUAAUUGGAAAAAUUGGUGUUCA